UGCAUGUGGGUAAGCUGAGAAUAAAUGAAGUCAGUCUUGAUCUGGAACUUGUGUUUGAUUGCCGCUCCCCGAGUACUUUAACAUGGCGCAGCCGAAUUGAACCUAUUGUAGAAAAAUACAUACAAUAUUUCGUUAGUGCGCGUUUUGAAAAUAGGACAGUGCAGUGUUUUCUUUUACUGAUUUUGUAGACGGUUCGAUUACAAGAUCUGUAUUACGAGAAGUUGUAAGGGCCAUAAUGGAAGCUGUGUUGCCGCCGCCAUUGCCAUUUAGUUUUUCAAAUAAUUUAGAAAAUGUUACAUCGGGGAACUUGUCCAAGGAAUGGGAAAAAUGGAGGAAAUCAUUCCAAGUUUAUUAUGAGGCGUGUGAGUUAUCCAAAAAAACUGCUCAGGUGCAAAUGAGUAUAUUGCUACAUGUGAUUGGUGAGCAGUGUCGCGAGGUACAUGCUCAAUUUGAGGAUACAUUUGCCAGUGUAAAGGACUUGUUGGACAAAUUUGAAUCAUUUUUCUCACCUAAGAAAAAUAUUACUAUCGAGAGGCACAAGUUUUUUACGCGAUGUCAAAAACAAGGCGAGUCAAUUGAGCAAUACGCGUUUGAGUUAAAAAAGCUAGCAAUUGCUUGUGAGUUUAAGGAUUUAAUGGAUGAUUUGAUAAGGGAUCGCCUCAUAUGUGGAAUAGAGGAGAAUGCGCUGAGAGAGCGUUUGUUGCGAGAACCGGAUUUAACUUUAAAAAAGUCCUUGGAAAUAUGUAAUAUUGCACAGAUAUCAAAGAUGCAUGCGGGGACAAUCAAGAAAGAAUCCAGUGAGCAUGAAGCCUAUAGUUAUAAUAUUACUGCAAGUAACGGUCAAGGCCAGUUCGCGCCAGAGGGCGAGGGUAGCCCGCACGGUCAGGUAAAUUGGAUAUCGAGACGCGGAGGGUACCCGCGGCGAGGCGCGCCGCGCGGCAGAGGCCGCGGCUGGCCGCAGCCCGCCCCGCGCCCCGCGCCGCCGCGCCGCGCCGCCGCUCCUGCGCAAACAGCUGUUUCAUCGCGGGAGAUAAGACACCAACAUCAACAAACGGGAACGUAUACUGGAUAUAAAUCUGGAGUGCAGUGUUUAAAGUGUGGGUUUACUCAUGGUGUUCAUGUGAGGUGUCCGGCUUUAGGGAAAAUGUGUUUGAGUUGUAAUAACUAUGAUCAUUUCUCACGCAUGUGCACUGUGUAUAGCGUGGAAGCUUGCGAGUCGUCAGCCGAGCCCAGCGAUCAGGGAGGUGAUUGCUCCUGAUCGGUGGGGCUUGUGGGGCUGGUAAACACUUGGGAAUGGUAAUGUAGGUAUAUAAGUAUUUAAAAAAAAAAAAAAAAUUUUUUUUUUGGUGUAUAAACCGUCUUUUAUUUUUAAUUUUAUUAUUGUUAAUUUAUUGUUUCCGUUAAUUCCAACACGAUUUUGAACUCUUAACAGAGACCAGUAUCAGUGAAAUAGUAUACAUAUAAUAUACGAGUAUAUUUAAGUAUUUGACACAGUGAGCCUUGGAGUUAACGGAAAUCAAUCGAAACAGAUUGUAUAAAAUGUUAUACCUAUCAGGAAUGUUCUAUUAGGCUUACUAAAUGGAUUUUUUUUAUUAUUAUUGAACAAAUGAGUAGGUCUGUAGUCCAAACUAGUUUGUUACUAAAUCAACAACUGUAUAUUGUUACUAAAUUAAUUUUAUUAUGUGUUAUUGUAAUCCAUAAAUUGAAUGAUUAUGUCAUGGUAAUGUCAUUAUAAUUUUAUAACUGUUGAGUAUCGGAAUUAAGUAGGUACUUUGCCGCAAACCAACAUUUUAUCCAGAAUAAAACAUGGUUUGUUUUCCUUUUCUAUUUCAUGAAUUGUGAGUAAUAGGUACAUAAGUUAAAAUAAUGCAUGCAUGUUGAUGUUAAUAGGUAAGUAAAACGCCACCUAAAUGACCCGACAUUCAGCACAUGUUUUAAAUUUAAUUUACAUUUUUUUUUAUUGUAAAGAGUUCCUUUUACUUUAAUAUGUAAACACUUUAAAUAUACAUGUAGUAUAAAUACACAAUACAAAUGUAGUAUCAUGUACGUAAAUUAAAGGUACCUUUGUAUGUAAUAUACUCAAAUGUAAUACUUUUUUUUUGUUAUUUUUUUUUGAUAAAAGGAGAUUGUCGGGUAUUCUGCCUAAUGUUAUAUUGAUGCAUGUGGGUAAGCUGAGAAUAAAUGAAGUCAGUCUUGAUCUGGAACUUGUGUUUGAUUGCCGCUCCCCGAG